AUGGUAAGAAGUGGAGCACCUGCAGCAGCAGCAGCAGCAGCAGCAGCAAUGGCGACAGCAGCAGCAGCAGCAGCAGCGGCAGCAACAGGCAAAACAGUGGCUGAACAAUGA